UAUUUUAGAAAUUUGGGAAAAUCAGGUCUCCGAGUCUCUGCUCUGGGAUUCGGAACGUGGGUAACAUUCGGAUCUCAAGUUUCCGACAAACAUGCUGAAGAAUUAAUUACGGUCGCAUAUGAAAAUGGUAUCAAUUUCUUCGACACAGCUGAAGUAUACGCUGGUGGAAAAGCUGAAAUUGUGUUAGGUCAGGUAUUACGGAAGAAGCAAUGGAGGCGCUCGACCUUGGUCAUAAGUACAAAGAUCUUUUGGGGAGGAAGAGGGGAAAAUGAGCAAGGCCUGUCUAGAAAGCAUAUUAUAGAAGGUCUAAAAGCCUCGCUACACCGCUUACAAUUAGAAUACGUGGAUAUUGUUUUUGCAAAUAGGCCCGAUUCUACGACACCAAUGGAAGAAAUUGUUCGGGCGUUCACUUUUGUGAUAAAUCAAGGUUUGGCAUUUUAUUGGGGGGUAUCGCAAUGGACUGAAGCUGAUGUUAUGGAAGCAUAUGCCGUGGCGAGACAAUAUAAUUUGAUUCCCCCUACUGCGAUUCAAGCAGAGUAUCACUUCAUGUGUCGUGAGCAGAUGGAGGCAGUUAAAAAAAAUUUAUACGAUAAAUGUGGUGUAGGUGCGGUUACAUGGUCACCAUUAGCUGGUGGUGUACUUAGUGGAAAGUACAUGGAUGACACAAUACCGGAAGAUUCUCGAGCGUCAUUGAGUAAUUUCGAUUGGUGGAGAGAAAAAAUUCAAAGUGAAGAAGGUAGACGGAUGCAAGCUAAAUUAAAGGAACUACAAAUUAUCGCCGAUCGAAUAGAUUGUACACUAUGCCAAUUGGCUAUUGCUUGGUGUUUAAAGAAUGAUCGUGCGAACUGCGUGCUUUUAGGGGCUAAAAAUUCUCAUCAGUUGAAAGAGAACAUCACGGCAAUAGCGAUAUUACCAAAAUUGGAUCAUUCCAUGAUGCAUUCUAUCGAUGAAAUAUUGGGAAACAAACCCAUUGUCAGCAAAGCUUUUCGAAAGUAG